AUGAUUAAGCUUCGCAUCAUAAUUACGCUUACGAAGUUUCACCAGCUGGUGUUGCUGUUAUUUGUGGUGCAACAACAAUUGUUAAUCUGUUGGCAAAAUACCUGGGUACUGGGUGUGAAUGUUCAGCGCAUAAAUCCAUAUGUGGCAAUUUCCCAAAUGCAGUUAAAGCAUCGCUGGUGGUUGUUUGGUGAGGAGAGAAGUGAUAAUCGUAGCCAUUAUGCUGAGGACAUGGUGCAAGAAUUGUGGCUACCACAAAAACUGGAUCAUUUUGUGGAGGAUGAAAAAUUCGGCAAUCAGAGUAGUGGUCAUCAGCAGUGGCUAAUGCGUUAUUAUGUCAACGCGGAAUUCUAUGAGCCGGGUGGUCCCAUGUUCAUUGUGUUUGGUGGAGAAUGGGAAAUUCAACCUUACCUAUUGAGCCAAGGACAUUUUUAUGAUAUGGCAAGGCAACACAAUGCCAUAAUGUUCUAUACCGAACAUCGUUUUUAUGGCAAAAGUUGGCCCAAGAGUUCCGCUUCUUUGGAUGCCCUGCAGUACUUAAAUGUCCUUCAAGCUUUGGAGGAUUUAAGACAUUUUAUAAAAUUUCAAAAAUCGUCUCAAAGGGGAUUGAGCUCUGCCAAAGUUGUUCUUCUAGGGGCUUCUUAUUCCGGCAGCAUGGUGGCAUGGUUCAUGAACCUCUAUCCGCAAGAGGCAGAUGUGGCUUGGGCGUCCAGUGCACCUUUACUGGCUAAAAUGGAUUUUCAUGAAUUUAUGACCCUAACAAUGGAUGCCAUAAAACAAAAAGGUGACUCGGAAUGUGCAGAAAAAAUAGAAAAAGGAUUUGAGGAUCUGCGCCACAUUCUAAGCUCCCCUGCAUCCCAAGAUCUAUUACAAAAUUUACAAAUGUGUUUUGAUUUUGAUGCGAACAAUGAAUUGGAUAUUUCCGCCUUUUUUAAUGCCUUGGGUAAUUAUUUCGCUGGCAUGGCUCAGACAUCAGGGAAACUUGUGACCCAGUUUUGCAAGAAAUUUACGAAUGAUGACACCAAACCCCUUCAUGCCUUGGUAGAACAUAUCAAAGAUGUAUUUUUACCCCACUCGCAAGGUGAGGACCACAGCUCUAAAGGCCAUGGCCAAGUAUGGUGUUUGGAUCUCUCCUUUGAGGGCAUGAAGUUGUUGUUUUCCGAAUAUGAUGAUAUUUCGAAUGGAAAUCGCUGUUGGUUUUAUCAAACAUGCAAUGAAUUUGGCUGGUUUGCAACCACCCAGCCAACAACAACAACACCCUCGGAUGUUAGGCGAAAUGUAUUUGGUGGCCAAGUUUCCUUAAAGUUUUUCCAAAAUUUAUGCCAGCAUGUAUUCGAGCCGGAAAGGAAAGGAACUCGAACAACAACACCACCAAAACCGGCGAACAUGGAAAGCGAUGCCACGAAUGGCCUUACACUUCAAGAACUUUAUAGCCGUGCCCAAAGAACUAACCACAUGUUCGGUGGUCUCACCAAUGUUUCACAAAAUGUGAUAUUCACCCAUGGCCUUCUGGAUCCUUGGCGUGCGGUGGGCAUGCAACAUGGUGGUCGUAAUGUCUUGCUCUUGGAUG